AUUUUGUUGAUGUGUUUAUUUCUGCCAAAUAUAUACUAGUAAUCUGUGAUUUCUGCAAUAUUCGUGUUUCAAACCUGAAUUGCUGACGUGUUUUAAAGAUUUUUUUAUUUAUUGAAUUAAAACUAAUCUAGAAAUACUUUUAACAGCUGUUGGUGAGGACUGAGGAUACAUCAUGAGGAAGCUUAAAGGUGCUGUUAAAGAAACCGCUAAGCAAAAGCGCGAGAGAAAACAGGAGUUUGCCAAAAUGCGUCAACAGUUGAAUACAGUAGUCCUGCCGACUUUUGCGGUUAUAUUUUUGUUAAUUUGUACUUAUGUUUACUUUAAAACCAGACCUUCCUCUAUGCAGUAUGCGUAACUUGAUUUUGUCCAUUUGUAUAUAAGAAUUAGUAUUAGGGGGCUUUCGGGUGCAACAAGUGUAA